AAUCAAAAUACAUACCCAUAGGGAGCAAACUUGUUCGAAGAGAAGCAUGUUGUGGUCGUGGUUGGUAGUUUCGAAGUGAGAAGAGAUCACGUUAGGGUUAGCUUUGUACCAUUGUAUGCAGAUGGCUGUGUUACUUUGUUGAUCAUCGAAUGAAUCCAGGUGCAAUGAUGCUUUGAUUUAACAGAUGAAUGUUAUAUGAAAUAGGGAAGUGCAUUCACUUAUGUUGGGGAAAGGGACAGGUGGCCAGCCUAAUAGAAGAUUGAACCUUUGACAUUAUCAUUACUCCAGAAGCACAGAGAGAGGGUCCAGUGCCAGUUGAGCUAAAUGCUCUUGCUAGAAGAAAUGUCUCUAGAGAUGCCCCAAAAAGCUUCCCACUUGAGCUACUGUCUCAGAGUCUAAUCGGGUUGCAUUUAACAAAUAACACUAGAUAAGUUACAAGCUUUUAAGCUACAUUGCGUGAGAUACGAAGUUGUAUAAGAGGUUAAGCACCUGGUAUAUGAUUGAAAAUUCUUUUAGUGGAUUUAUCUGUCAAAGUAUUUAGUAUUCAAAUAAUAUUGUUAGACUUGGGGUAGCUGAUUGAUUUUGUUUUAUAAUAUGCUAGAUGGAAGGGACCCCUCUCUGCUGUGAACAAUUGCCAGAUGGGGAAUGCAUAGAGGUUCAGAAAGACGAAGAUGGUGCACUAAUUGAAUUAGAUUGUCAAAAUGGUUUUUCUGAAGGAAGAAAGGAUUUUGUUGCACCUGCUGUUGGAAUGGAGUUUGAGUCAUAUGAUGACGCUUACAAUUAUUAUAUCUGCUAUGCCAAGGAGGUGGGAUUUCGUGUAAGGGUGAAGAAUUCAUGGUUCAAGCGAAAUAGCCGAGAAAAAUAUGGUGCAGUGCUUUGCUGUAGCAGCCAGGGUUUCAAAAGAAUAAAAGAUGUUAACCAUUUGAGAAAAGAGACAAGGACUGGUUGCCCUGCAAUGAUAAGGAUGAGGUUAGUGGAGUCUCUAAGAUGGAGGAUACUUGAGGUUUCACUUGAACAUAACCACAUGUUAGGUGUUAAGAUACACAAAUCGGUUAAAAAGAUGGGAACUGGAACUAAAAGGAAGUCAUUGCCUAGUUCUGAUGCUGAGGUGCAAACAAUUAAGUUAUACCGUGCACUUGUGAUAGAUGCAGGAGGUAAUGGACAUUCAAAUUCUAGUGCAAGGGAUGACAGAACUUUCUUUGAAUCUUCUAAUAAAUUGAACCUUAAAAAAGGUGACACACAAGCUAUUUAUAAUUUCUUCUGCCGGAUGCAAUUGACUAAUCCAAACUUCUUUUACUUGAUGGAUUUCAAUGAUGAUGGGCAUUUGAGGAAUGCAUUCUGGGUUGAUGCCAGGUCCAGGGCUGCAUGUGGUUAUUUUGGUGAUGUUCUUUAUUUCGAUAACACUUAUUUGUCAAACAAAUAUGAAAUCCCUCUUGUGGCUUUUGUUGGGAUAAAUCACCAUGGUCAAUCAGUUUUAUUAGGCUGUGGCCUGCUUGCAAGUGAAACAACAGAGUCUUACACGUGGUUGUUUAGGGCAUGGGUUACAUCCAUGUCAGGAUGUUCUCCCCAAACUAUUAUUACUGAUAGGUGCAAGGCUUUGCGGAGUGCAAUUGUAGAAGUUUUUCCUAGAUCUAGCCAUCGUUUUGGUUUGUCAUUGAUUAUGAAAAAAGUACCAGAGAAAUUGGGAGGGUUGCACAACUAUGAUGCAAUCAGGAAAGCACUUAUUAAAGCAAUUUAUGAGACAUUGAAAGUGAUUGAAUUUGAAGCAGCAUGGGGAUUUAUGAUUCAACGCUUUGGAGUUAGUGACCAUGAAUGGCUUCAUUCUCUAUAUGAAGAUCGAGUUCAUUGGGCACCAGUAUAUUUGAAGGACACAUUUUUUGCUGGAAUGUCUGCAGCACGCCCUGGUGAGAGCAUUAGUCCUUUUUUUGACAAGUACGUGCACAAACAGACUCCUCUUAAGGAGUUUCUUGAUAAAUAUGAAUUAGCUCUUCACAAGAAGUACAAGGAAGAAUCUUUUGCAGAUAUUGAAUCAAGGAGAUCAAGUCCCUUGCUAAAAACCAGAUGUUCUUUUGAAUUGCAGCUCUCUAGAAUAUACACAAGAGAAAUGUUCAUGAAGUUUCAAUUAGAAGUGGAAGAAAUGUAUUCUUGUUUUGGUACAACACAAUUACAUGUGGAUGGCCCCAUCAUAAUUUUCUUGGUCAAGGAGCGUGUUCUGAUUGAGGGAAACAGGCGGGAGAUUAGGGAUUUUGAAGUUCUGUACAGUAGGACAGCUGGUGAAGUUCGUUGCAUCUGUAGUUGCUUUAAUUUUUAUGGAUACCUAUGUCGGCAUGCACUGUGUGUGCUCAAUUUUAAUGGGGUUGAAGAGAUACCUCACAAAUACAUUCUUUCACGAUGGAAGAAAGAUUACAAGCGUCUAUACAUUCCUGAUCACAGCUCUGGUAGUACUGAUGACAAUGACCGCAUUCAAUGGUCUAAUCAAUUAUUUAAAAGUGCCUUACAAGUUGUGGAGGAGGGGAUAAUUUCUCUAGACCAUUACAAUGUAGCGUUGCAGUCUAUAGAAGAAUCACUGAGUAAGGUUCAUGAUGUAGAACAGAGACAGGAGAAAUCAUGUGAAUCCUCUGGCCAGACCAUGACGGACGAUACCGUGUCUUCUCCGAUCGAUAAAGUCUUGUCACUGAGUCCUAAUCUUGACAUCGCGAUAGAUGAUGGAUCUCCAAACUGUGAGCAACUACUCGAAAUUGAUGGAAGUGAACAUGAAAAUGGGAGGGAUGAAACAACAGUCAUGGAUAGUCAUAGUGGAGAAUCUCAAGGGAAAGACUACCCCCCACCAGUUGUUGGAAUGGAGUUUGAUACUUAUGAUGAUGCCUACAACUAUUACAACACCUAUGCAAAGGAAAUUGGAUUUGCUAUUCGGGUUAAAUCUUCGUGGACCAAACGUAACAGCAAAGAGAAGCGUGGUGCUGUGCUUUGCUGCAACUGCGAGGGUUUCAAAACAAUUAAAGAAGCAAAUAGUCAUAGGAAAGAAACAAGAACAGGCUGUCUAGCAAUGAUUAGAUUGAGAUUAGUGGAAUCUAAUAGGUGGAGGGUCGAUGAAGUCAAGCUUGAGCAUAACCAUUCAUUUGAUCCUGAGAGAGCACAAAACUCUAAAUCACAUAAGAGGAUGGACAAUGGAGCCAAAAGAAAAGCUGAGCCAACUCUAGACGUUGAAGUCAAAACAAUCAAGUUAUAUCGAAUGCCAGUUGUAGAUGCAUCAGGUUAUGGAAGCUCAAAUUCUAAUGAAGGAGGAACUAGUAACAACAUUUAUUGUUCCAGGCGUUUGAAACUAAAAAAACGUGAUCCAGAUCUUAUAUCAAAUUACUUCUGCCGCAGUCAAUUGAUGAAUCCUAAUUUUUUCUAUGUGAUGGAUCUGAAUGAUGAUGGACAACUGAGGAACAUAUUUUGGGUUGAUUCUAGAUCUAGGGCUGCGUAUAGUUAUUUUGGUGAUGUGGUUGCAUUUGACUCAACAUGUUUGUCAAAUAAUUAUGAGAUUCCACUUGUUGCGUUUGUUGGCAUUAAUCACCAUGGGAAAUCUGUUUUGCUAGGAAGUGGUCUGCUUGCCGAUGAGGCAUUUGAAACAUAUAUUUGGUUAUUUAGGGCUUGGCUUACUUGUAUGUCUGGUCGCCCUCCACAAACUAUUAUUACAAACCAGUGUAAGGCUGUGCAAAAUGCAAUAGCUGAGGUUUUCCCCAGAGCUCACCAUAGAAUUUGUCUAUCACAAGUCAUGCAGAACAUUCUUGGGUGUUUUGUACAGUUUCAGGAAUAUGAGGCGUUUCAGAUGGCACUGACUAAAGUGAUAUAUGACUCUAAAACAGUUGAUGAAUUUGAAAGGGCUUGGGAUGAUCUAACCCAGCAUUUUGGAAUAAGAAAUAACGAAAAGCUCCAAAGCUUACAUGAAGAACGAGAGCAUUGGGCACCAGUGUACUCCAAGGACACAUUUUUUGCUGGAAUAUCUGAUUAUGAAAAGGGUGAGUCUGUGGUUCCCUUUUUUAAGGGUCACGUGCAUCAACAAACUUCUUUGAAAGAAUUUUUUGAGAUUUAUGAAUUAGUUCAGCAAAAGAAGCGUAGAAAUGAAGUUCUUGAUGAUUUUGAGUCAUGCAAUCAGAGCCCACUACUGAAGACAAGAUGCUACUAUGAGUUGCAGCUCUCUAAAUUGUACACAAAUGCAAUAUUCAGGAAAUUCCAAGAUGAGGUGGUGAUGAUGUCCUCUUGUCUCAGCGUCACGCAAACUGAAACAAAUGGGUCUAUAGUGACAUACAUGGUAAAGGAACGUCAAGGGGAAGAACCUGUAAGAGAUUCUAGGCAUUUUGAAGUAAUGUAUGAUAAAGCUGGAGCAGAAGUUCGCUGCAUUUGUAGUUGCUUUAACUUCAAAGGGUACCUAUGCAGACAUGCCUUGUAUAUCCUUAGUUAUAAUGGUAUGGAGGAAAUUCCAUGUCAGUAUAUUUUGUCAAGAUGGAGGAAGGAUUUUAAGCGAUUGUAUGUACCUCAUCUCAGCUCUGAUAAUGUUGAUAUUAGCAACCCAGUUCAGUGUUUUGAUCAUUUGUAUAAACGUGCUAUGCAAGUUGUUGAAGAAGGGAUGAUAUCCCAAGAUCAUUAUAUGGUUUCUUGGCAAGCAUUCAAAGAGUCUUUGAAUAAGAUCCGCCUUGUAGCAGACAGACAAGAUUGA